CUACACAAGCAGAUCAAGGAAGUCCUCCAACGGGUUCAAGACAAUGAGCUCAGACUGCGCCAAGAAAAAUGCGAGUUCUUCCUGACUUCGGUCGAGUAUCUGGGUUUUAUCUUUGACGUCUCUGGUCGGCAUCCGGAUCCUAAGAAUAUCCGCGCUAUCCAACAAAUGCCGACUCCCAAGGAUGUUCCCCCACUGCGCUCCUUCUUGGGACUAAUCACCUAUUACUCGGCUUUUCUACCGUCGAUGCACAAUGUCCGACCGCCACUGAACUACUUGCUUGGCAAGGACGUACCUUGGGUUCGAUCCAGCGAGUGCGGAGAGGCUGUCUGUCAACUCCAAUCAAUGCUCAGUUCGGACCUGCUGCAGACCCAUUAUGACCCUGCUGACAACGACAGAACAGAAGUCGAAACCUCCGACAAGUCGGGGAGUUGUGACGAGUGGUGCAAAUCGACAAAACACAUUAGCGCUGUCACUGCAGUCGCCAAAACACCGCCCCCACCACCUCACCUCAGCGUCGCCACUGAUGACGCCUAG